AUGACGAUUGUUCUGGAUUGUUUUUUAAGAGUGUAUUGCAUGUUAACAAAUUACGUUGAAUUUCUUGAAUCCCGCGGAUUCGAACACAAUCGCUUUUGUCGAAAACUACCUUUGCAAGGAGCAUUAAAAAUAUCGAGUAAAUUGACGCCGUCAGAUCUCAAUACGCAUUUUCGCUUCCGUCGGACCGAAGCCGCGAGCGAUCGACCGGGUUUGUUCGUUGAAGGUUUUUCAAAUACGUGUCGUAAGUCGAUAGAUUUGUCGAUAAAUAUUGCAAACAACAUCGAAGCUGCGGCGAAACAUCUCGCAAACUCGUUGGUGAAAACUUAUUCCACACACACCGUGCCCGUUCUGUUUGCUUUAGUUAAUUUCCCGGACGUUCCUCCGUCCAAAACGUUGAAAAUAUUAUCGCGGAUUUUAAGUGAAUCAGCAAACGACUUAACGCGCCGCGGCAAACUGCUCGAGGAACUGCCGGCGCAUAAUCAGACAAAGACUCUCCUAAAUCUCGUGAGUAAUUUUAUUCGCGAACGGGGAGAAAGACCGUCCAGAGCGCAUAACCACUUAAAAAUCUGCAAAUUCUGCGAUAGCGUCGUCUGCGAAAAAAAAACUCAGCGAAACGUGAACAAAUUUUGUUGCGCCAAAGCGGAACGUUUUAAUCGAUUGUCGAACGAGUGGAUUUUGCUACACGUGUCACAGAAUCCAUCGUUCUCCAGAUUUGUCGAUUCGAUCGAAAACGUCAAAUACGACGGUGAUUGCGACAACAAAAGUUUCUCGCGGGAAAGAGAUCUCGCGACAAUCGGUAAUUCCAAUGACACAGUAACGCAAUCAAUGUCGACCGACAAGAAAAAUACAUCGACGCUCGAGAAUCGUCGUUACGGAAAUCGCGCGAGUUCGCAAAUAAAGACGAAUCCGAAAAGAAGAGGCGAUAGAAAAGUUGAUUCGAACUCUAACAGCGUAGAAUCGCAAUCGCUCUUCACUAACAAAGAAGACACACUGGCGUUCGAGGAUCAUUACAGGAACGGCAUUGUUUCUCAAAGAAAAACGGUAAAUAACGAUAAUCGAGACGUCAAUCGCGUAACAUCGAGACAUUUUGAGAUAAGUGAGAAAAGAUCGGACACCUAG